AUGUCCAGUUGUGGUCACCUGCACUUCUCAUCUAACGGCCUAACGGCUGGCCUCGGCGCACUCCUCGAAAAACCAGCCUAUGUGCUGUACGACCCAAGUCUGCGGUCGUCAUUGGUCGUCGCACUUACGGCAGCUGGCUUACGCGAUGCCGUUGUUGCCGCGCCGGCGCAAGCGAAUGCACUGCAGGAGCGUGGAUUUGUGCUCGCGGAGGACUUGAGCCAACGCUACCGCAACCAGACGGAUGAUGUCAUCUUCCGCGAUGCCCGCGAUCGCUACUUGGCUGCUUGCAACGGAAGCUUGAUAGUUUGGAUGGGUGGAGCCUGCGGAGCCAACAUGCAGCCUGGGAUCGCAGACUAUGGCGUGGCACGAAAAGCCUUUUUUGUGGAUCUCAAUACGGAUCCCAACGCUACCCUGAGCGUGGGUAAUGGCACUGCUGAAUACGCCCUGGCAGAUGAGAUCGUCGCCACCUUGUCCCAGCGCAGCGACCAAGACUUUUUGCUACAAGGUUGGCAUUCAUACUGCAAGGAUGAAGAGCACACUUUUACCACGCUAGCAAGCCGACACGGCGGCUGCGUGCACGGCCUCAACACCAAUCCUAACCUGAGCUUUCUCAGUGCGCUCGACGUGACUCCAGGAUUCAAGUUUCGCAACAACCCAGCCCCCCGCAUCAAUGCGACCAUCACAGAUAAAGUGGUGGUUGCCUUUGUGCAGACAGAUGGACUUGGGCUGGGUGCAUGGAAUGGUGCCGCACGCGGCCAAGUGCCGUACACUUGGGAAGUCACGCUUCCCGAUUUGUGGAUUCAGCCCGCGUUGCUGGAGAUCUUUUACCGCGAAGCUACGGCGCUCGACUAUUUUGUCGCUGCUCUAGGUGGACCUGGGUACAUGUACUCGAAUGCUGUGCCGCCCGCCCAACGCCAGCGUUUGCUCCACAAGGCGCAGCAAGCCAUGUUGCAGCUGGACUUACACGAGAUGGUGACGUUUGACGCAUCGCGAGCAGAGGGCCAGCACACGGUAACGGGCAACACGAACCUCAGCCCCAGCGCGGUGGCAGCGUACUUUGAGGACAUGAAUGAGACGCGCUUUUGGUUCAAUGGCUAUGCGCCCACCUUCACAGCGGCCCGAGACGAGUCAGGAACCACGGCGCGCUCCCUACUCUCCUUUGAAUACUACCUUGAUCCAAGCCGCAGCGUUUCCGAUGUCCUGACUGACCUGGAACUAUUGGCUCAGCUGAAUGCCCAACGCCCUUACUUCUUGGCUGUGCAUGUCCGUGAGUUUGCAAGUCAAAGCACGGUCGUUGAGCUGGUGGAGAAGCUGCCGCGUGACUUUUUGGUGACGGCAGCAGAUCAGUUUGCCCAGCUGGCUAACGCGCAUGGCACAUUUAGAACGCGGUACGCAUGA